AUGAAUGGCCAGUCAUCUCCGUACAACAACAAGAAACGAUCAAGAGACAGUGAAAAUAAGCCAGAAAAGCCCUGUCUCUGCGGCGACAGUCAUUUCUGGGGCCAAUGCCCAUACAUCGAUACGGCACUCCAGCAACGAGGAUUCGUUGUAGACCCUGAAAAAGCCAAGAAGAUUGCUGAUUUUGAGGCUAAGGAUAAUCGUGGGAUACUAAACAAGAUUCGGGAAAAGAAUCGACGCUUUAAGAAAUCCAAGACUAGGGAUACUAACAAGCACAACAAAGCGACAGACUCUGAUUCGAUAGAAAUUGACGCAGGAGACCCACUAGCUGAACAAUCCCUGCAGCACGAAGCAUAUGCCGUUUUCUUUUCCGCGUUCAACAACCAGAGAGUAGCUCAACAAUAUCCACUCGCCCACUCAUGGACGCUGGAUCCAGCCACCGAUAUUCAUAUCUGCAACAACCCUGCAGAGUUUGAGUGGAAAGCUCCAGCAGCUGACGACGACGUCGUACUCGCAGGAGGAACUGAGACGAAAAUUGAGGCAUGGGGUGAAGUCAAGCUGCCUCUAUCAACACCAAGUGGUAUCAAGAGAACUACGCUUAAGCGCGUGGCUCUGAUCCAAUCCUUCUUCACCAGCCUUGUCUCGCUAUCCCGCCUCUCCUCAUCAAAUAUCCACUUCGACUCAGGAAGAAAUGUCCUGUAUAGAGCU